UACGAUCACUUCACUCUCCUUCACUUAUUGUGCUUCUAAAAAUCCACAGCAUUUUCAACCAUGAAUAAUUCCAUGAGUUUCUUGAUGAUGAUUUUUGCUCUUGGUUGUGGAGUUGCCAUGGCCGUCGAGUAUAAGGUGGGUGAUGAAGCUGGAUGGACUAUGAAAGCCGAUUACACCCAAUGGGCCGCCGGCAAAAAGUUCCACAUUGGUGACAUUCUAGUUUUCGAAUACAACAAGGAGAUGCACGACGUAAGGCGUGUGGGAAAGGAAGGGUUCGACAAGUGCAACCCAGAGGACAUAAGAGACCAAUAUAAGACAGGCAAUGACAAGGUUGAGUUAGAAACGGCCGGUCCCGUUUUCUUCAUCUGCGGUACUCCCGGGCACUGCGAAGCCGGCCAAAAGUUGAGCAUUGAAGUUGAAUAAAUCAAAAUGCAAAGCAUCAGAGCUAUUUACAAUUUGCAUUGCAUCAAGUUCCUAGUGGUUCAAUAAGACGAGAAAUGUUCAUUUUCUUGUGUACUGUUUCUCAUGGAUACAUGUUUUCGAGUUUAAACAAAAGUCGGUAGGUUUAUGUUUUAUUUGGCUGAUUGGCUCACUGUUAUAACUUCAUAAAUUUUGUUAUGAUUC